GGUCUGGAAUAGUCAGGCACUCAGGUUUGCUGUUAUUUAUUUCAGGAAGUCCAAAUCAGAAUCGGAUUGUGCCUUCUACUUGAGAUUCUAUAAAUAUGUGUAAGGCUUUGCCUCUGGCUUCGUACUUAUUUUUCGAGGUUUCGUCGUAGUAGGUUGAGAAAGGAGGAGGUGAAUAUUGAUGCUAUAAGAAAUUAGGGUUACAAGGACGAGAAGAAACGGAAGGACGAGGGUGAUCGAAUAUGGAGGAGAUGACCUCAAAGCAAGCGAGGAGGAGGAACCAUAAUAAUACAACAACGCAUUCUGAAUCUGAUGAAGCAGGUAUGUUUACGAAUCUCCCUCGGGACAUUAUUUAUGAGAUUUUGAGUAGACUUCCCAUUGAAUCUGUUCUCCGAUGCAUGAGUGUAUGCAAGCUCUGGUCUACCUUUCCAUAUGAUUCUUAUUUCAUCGACCUCCACUUCAAUAAAUCCAUGAUGCAUCAUCGACCACCCACUCUUGUUCUUACAACGUCAUCAUCACUAUUUCACAAUAAGGUGAGCAGCCAACUCAUGGUGAGUGCUGAGGAAGGGGAAGGUGGUGACUGGAUGAAAGCCACACACAUCCCAAUGGGGGAUUUUGAACUGCUGGAAGGGGAAUAUAUUGAUAUUGUGGGUUCUUGCAACGGCUUUCUCUGUAUUGUGCCAUGGGAGGGUUUGGUUCACAUCUGCCUCUAUAAUCCCAUUACAAGAGAGACUAUGAAGUUGCCCAAAUCACAUCUUGUUUUACCCCCCACAAACUCAAGCACAAAAAUCGUGAAAGCUUUUGGUUUUGGUUUCGGCAGCUUAAGCAAGAAAUAUAAAGUGAUCGUAGUUUAUGACUUACUCGAUUGCAAGAUUAUAAGAUAUAGUGAGAUAAUUACAGUGGGUGAAAGUUCAUGGAGAAAGUUAGACGUCCCAACAUUAUCAUAUGAUCAACUAUUAGCAGAUCCGGUGCUUUUGGAUGGAACCCUCUAUUGGCUCAUAAUCAUUGAUAAUGACGACUAUAGUCGAUGCGUUCUUGCGUUAGACAUUGACAGUGAGAAGUUUUGGACUAUCGAUUGCUGUCCUCUUCCUAUUAGAAGAGAGUCUAUACAAAGAAGAUAUUUAGUUCCAAUGGAUGGAUCUCUUGCCUUAAUUGAUUAUUAUGCCUACACAAAUCCAUGGCGUUUGGAUAUAUGGUUACUUGAGGGUAGCAAGACCAUGGGGUUCUCAUUUACUUUAACUACUUACGAUAUGUCAGAAUUAGUCCGUUGGGGAGAUCUUUUCACAGUUAUUGGUAAACAUGGCCACGAUACAUUCCUGCUAAAUGUAUGUAGGAUCGAGAAUUGGGAUCCUACAUUGAGAUCCUUUAUUCUCUACUCUCCAACGAAGAAGCAGCAGUAUUUCUGUGUUCAAGGAGGACUAUAUGAAUCUGAUUUGGAGCUGAGAAGUUGGAUGGUGCCGUCCCUCAAGUCACUAAGGCUCUGAAUCUCUGAUAGAUAGUUAUUUAACUUGAGUAAUCAUGUAUAAAUUGAUCUAUGUUAGAUCCAUGGAAGAACCUUAGCUGACCUUUCUUUUCCAUCAUUUUAUAUUGGCAUAUUGUAUAUGGGUACUACUUCUAUUGUUUGCAUUAUCAAUGGAUUGCUUGAGAUUCUUA